AGGUCUGACACACCAACGAAGAAGUCUUCGCGCUCAUUACCUGGAGGAAGAAGCUCUACUACAAGUCUUGUUGUGUUUACCAGCGAUACAAUUGUUUAACUAUCGUAGAUUGUUUAAUGCUAUCCUAGGCUUGAGCCAAUGGCUGAAUGGAACGCAUAUUAUCGCAAUGAGGAUGAGGAGGUGGAACAAGAGGAAGGCAAUGAGGGCGCAGUCGAUUAUAAAAACACUGGGCGUGACAGCCUUGUCUUCCUGGUGGACGCGUCCAAAGAGAUGUUUAUAAAGGGAGAGGAUGGAGAACCCUCCAACUUUGACAUGACAAUGGAGUGUGUGCGAAGUGUCUACAUGAGUAAGAUCAUCAGCAGCGAUCGAGACCUGGUAGCACUGGUGUUCUAUGGCACAGAGAAGUGCAAGAACCCCAGAGACUCCUUUAAGCAUGUUUACAUCUACCAUGACCUGGACUCACCAGGGGCCCGUAGGGUUCAUGACAUCGACAACCUGCGAGGGGAGAAGGGUGCCCAGCUGGCAGCUGAGGUGAUGGGCAGUGGGGAGACGUCCCUGGGCGAUGCGCUCUGGUGUUGCUCAAACCUGUACAGUGACAUCAAGCUGCGCCUCUCCCACAAGCGCCUGAUGAUCUUCACCUGCCGAGACUCCCCUCACAGCGAUGACAGUAACCGAGACAGGACUGCGCGCACAAAGGCCUCUGACCUCAGAGAAACUGGUGUAAUCAUAGACCUGAUGCACUUGAAAAAGCCAGGUGGAUUUGAUGUUGGCCAGUUCUUCUGCGACAUUAUGAGCCCUCCUGAGGAUGAGAGUGAGCUGGGCCUGCAUUUGGAGCCGAGCGGGAAGCUGGAGGACCUUCAGAAAAGAGUCCGAGCCAAAGACAUGAAGAAGAGAGCCCAGAGCAGGCUUACAUUCUCUUUGGGAGAUGGUAUGAAGGUGGCCGUGGGUGUAUAUGUGUUGGCAAGGACUGCCACCAAGCCCCCAUCUGUCCUGCUGUACAGAGACACAAAUGAAGCUGUGCGGACAAAGACCCGUCUUUUCCACACAAACACCGGUAGUCUUCUGUUGCCCAGCGACACUAAGAGGGCCCAGGUCUAUGGACAAAAGCAGAUAGUGAUGGAGAAGGAUGAGGUGGAUGAGAUGAAGAAGUUUGAUGAUCCAGGUCUGGUUCUCAUCGGGUUCAAGCCCAUGAGCAAGUUGAAGGUGCACCACCACAUCAGGCCUGCUGUGUUCAUCUACCCCGAGGAGGAGCAGGUCUCAGGUAGUUCCUGUGUGUUUGCAGCUCUGCUGCGUCGCUGCAGCGAGAGGAACCUGUUUGCCGUGUGCCGGUACAUCCCCAGACGGAACACCCCACCCCGCUUUGUGGCCCUGGUGCCCCAGAGAGAGGAGCUAGACCAGGGUCAGGCCCAGAUCACUCCCCCAGGUUUCCAUGCCAUCUUCCUGCCUUAUGCAGAUGAUAUACGCACCCUGGAUGUACCUGACUGUCCCACAGCAACAAGCGAUCAGACAGACAAAAUGAAAGAGAUUGUGCACAAACUUCGCUUCAAGUACAGAUGUGAUGCAUUUGAAAAUCCAAUGCUGCAAAAGCACUUUAGAAACUUGGAGGCUUUGGCCCUGGAUCUCAUGCAGCCAGAAGAUAUUGAGGACUUCACCAUGCCAAAAGUCGAAAUGAUGGAUGAGCGCCUUGGACCGCUUGUUCAAGAAUUUAAGGACCUUGUUUACCCUGCCGACUACAACCCAGAAGGAAAACCCGCCGCCAAGCGAAAAACUGCUGAUGCAGGAGGAGGGGCAGAGAAGAAACCCAAAGUGGAGGUGUCACAGGAGGAACUACGUGCCCAUGCAGAAAAGGGUACCCUGGGGAAACUUACAGUUCCUGUGCUGAAGGAGGCCUGCAAGGUCUUUGGGGUUCGAACCACAGGAACAAAGAAACAGGAACUAAUUGACGCCCUUACGGUCUGCAUAACCAAAUAAAGCUCUUUAAAUGAUCAGUUGGGUAUGGUACUAGGAUCACAGGUGAACACUAUGUUAAGUCCAAUUAAAUAAAAUUUUACACGUUUUUUUUUUUUUUGUUUAAACAUGCUUAAAGCUAUAGCGUUAAUGUUUGUCAUCGCAAUACCUGCUGAUAAUAAAAUGACCAACAGC